AUGACAAGCUCAAUAAAAGAAGAGAGUGUAUGCUCUCCUGAUUCAACAGUUUCUUCUCUCUUAACAAGCUGUAGCAUCGACAGCAACAAUCUGUACUCAGACAGUUUGAUUCACUACAAGGACAAGCUUUACAGCUCUGCAUCUGAGGCUUUGGAGGCUUAUAUUGAAGAUUUUGAUUUAAGUCUCACGUCUUCAGAAAUAAGCACUGGAAAAAUCUGCAUAUACCAAAGCACUCCCAAAAAGUUUUCAAAGCGUCAUGCCAAAGAAAAACAUGGUAUCUGGUCUGCAUCAUUGGAAGAUUUUAAUCAGCAGGUAGGAUUGGGUUCUCUUGGUUCACCUUCUCGAAGACAGACUGAGUGUGACUCAGACUUGAUUAGUCUUGCGACGGAUGAUCUGUUAGCGUUUCCAGCAGAUGGAUCACUGCCCUUUGUCCAGCAAAGUCCUAAAUCAAAGCAUCAAAGCAGCGAGAGGAAAAGACAGUCAUUUAAAACAUCUUUUUGCCCUUGCCAAACCUCAUCACUCAAUACUGAAAUCAGUUUCAGUCUCCAGGAGAAUGGGAAAGCUGUUGCUCACCAGAAUCCACACAAAGACUCCAGCAAAAAGAAAUGCAGUGUGUAUACACCUGAUGGGUAUGAUUCUGUCUCCUCUAAAGGAAGUUCAAGACCCUUGUCUUUUGAAGAGAUCUCUAACACUUUUAAGAAUUAUCCAAGGUGGCUUACCAGUCAGAAGUCUGAUUUAAGCUUAUCAGGGAUAAGUAGCAUUCCCAAUUUGCACUACCCCGUCUGGAUUAAGAGUCACAACCUUCUUUCCAAUUCAACCAAAGAAAGUGAUGGUCAAAAUUUUAAUACACAAGGCAAAGCUUCCUCCUCUCAAACUUCUGACGUUCUGAAAAAAGGACACUCUGUAGAUACAGACAGUUCUAAUUUUCUUGAACAAAAUGACUGCCUGGAUCUGAGAGGUGAUAAAAAAGUAGAAGAAAGUUGCAACUAUGAUAGUCCAGAUGCCUGCUUCCCAUUUGAUAACUCCUUUUCAAGACACACUAAAAAGCCACUCACAGAAGACCAGCUGGAGCUACUUACCUUGAAGGCUGACAGAGGUCUGAAGAGUUCAACUGAAGAUCUGUCAAAUACUCCAGAAAAUGAUGACAGUCCUUCUACAACAGAUAUACUUGGAGGAGAACGAUCAUGGGAAAAUGCUCCAGGUGCUUUCAGACCACCAGUGCCUAUGUGCUGUGAGGAUGUGGAGGGUGCUCUACCGUUCCCCAAGGCAGAUAUCAUACAUAAAUUCUUGGAAGACUGUUUAAAGGACAAAAAUAAGGAAAAUACUUUUUCUGUAGGUCAUCAUCACAGGCCCCUUGAAGCUCUGAAGCUUAUGUUGUUUAAACUUCAAAGAGUUCAGGGAAGUUUAAGCCUGAGUGAAACUGCUGAGCAAAAGGAAGAGUUUGAAAAACUUUCUGAAAAAGCAGAUGCUGGAUUAAAACUGUGGGACAGCGAGAUAAUCCCUCUUACUAAUUCUCUUCAGAAGGCAUUACACCAUUUGUCACGUCUUAAAAGUCUUGUUGAAGAUAACAGUAACCAUCAAGAGCAGACCGAUGAUCAUCAAGAAGAUGAACAAGAAAAAAUAAUCUGCGAAGCUGAUACAAAUAAUUUGUCAGCCUGA